AUGAGUUUCGUAUCCCAGCAAUCUGGCAGCGUCGUACGUGCAAACUUCCACGAUGAGAUUUGCAAUCGGACAAUAAGCCGUGAGGACCUCGGUUUCUAUACCUCUGUCAUUGUUGGCGCAGUAUAUGAAUUUACAAAAGCCGAAAUAGACAUUGGGUGUGCAGAAUUCUUCUUUGGCGCGAUCAAGAAAUGCGUCGAAGAGCAUCCGGCAUUGGGUGUCGUCGUCAAGGAUAAGCAUACCGAUAAGCCAUAUUAUGAACGUGUCCCGCAGGUUAACUUCAAGGACCAUGUCUCUAUUAUUGGCAAAGAGGCUACGUUCUAUGCAGACCUGGGGGGUGACGACAGUGCUAGAAUCGAGGCUGCCCUGCCCUCCAUUCUCGAUAAACCAUGGGGGGAACUACCGCCGUGGAGGAUUGCUGUUUUGCCCCUGAGACAAACUUCAGAAGAUUUAUCAAGGCGUUCCCGCUGCUUCAUCGCCUUUGCCUUCUCCCACGCUCUUGGAGAUGGUAAUAUUGGAACGGCCUUCCACCGAACAUUUCUCAAUGCAAUACUGAAUCCUGCCACACCUGUGAACUCAACUUGGGUCAUGACUCCCGAUAAAGAAUUACCGAUUCCCUUUGACACUCCUCAGAGGCUUCCGAUUUCGUGGAAAUUCCUCCUUGCGCCGCUCCUCGCCGUCCUCCUUCCAAAGUCCAUUGCCAACUUUUUUGGCCUGCGUGCUACCGUUAGCGAGGUGAAUUCCGAGACUUGGACUGGCUCCAAGAUGUUUUUUGAUCAAAGCACAUUUCACAGUCGCCCAAGGCUAGUAGAGAUUGAUGCCGCGCAAGUCGAGCGAGCAUUGCGCCUAUCGAGGAAACAUGAUGCAAGGCUGACUUCUUUGAUGCACCAAUUAAUCAUACGAGCGCUAAGCAAGGCGAUCCCUGGCCAUGAAUUUACCAAUUUUGUUUCCGGUACUGCGGUGGAUAUGAGACGCGCUAUUGGCUUGUCGAAGGACGAGAUGGGUUUGUUCGUCAACGCCUAUCACGGUCUCCAUGCCCGCCCAAGCAACUUCGCGUUGCCUCUAUCCGAAGAGACAUGGGCCCAAGCUUGCCUUAUGACCGAGAAGCUUGCAGAAUGUGCCGUCAGUUUACAGGAUCAGGCCGUGGGGCUCUUGCGAUACGUGCCUAGCAUCCGGAAAUGGACUGCUGCAAAGAUAGGCCAAGAGCGAGAUUGUUCCUAUGAAGUCAGCAACCUGGGCGUUUUUGACGUUAUGACUCCGCUUGGCGAAUGCUCGGAGCGCGAGAGUAACUGUAAAAUCACAAAAAUGGUCUUUUCACGACCUGUUGACGCUGUUGGUGCGCCACUGGCAUUCACGAUGAUGAGUCUUAAGAAUGGAAGUUUAGUCAUUACUAUUACCUGGCAGCAAGGAGCGUUGGGGGUGCCAAUCGAGUCGGAAUCACCUUUGGUGGAUGCUAUUUGUGAAAGCCUUCGGCAGGACUUUGAGCAGCUUGCAUAA